CCCAGAGCGGCACCCCAGAGCGGCACGUCUGGGGUUGCGGGUUAUCAGAAUCUGGGGUAAUUUUAAAAGGGUCACCGGUCACCGAUGCCACUGUGUCUCGUUGUUAUAUUACAAUCGUGUUGGUCGCCAUAAUCUUUGCGCUUUGGGGCAAAUCGUUGCGUCGAAUGUUCCCAGCUCUACAAUGUUGGCCUCAUGUUUUGCUGUUUUGUUGACAGUAGCGUGCCUGCAGGGGACCGUUGUCGCCAGGCAACAGGGUGCGACGGUCAUAUUUAGCAAUACUAAUCGUUUCUUGUUCGACGUGGACGGAAAGCAAAUCGAUGCAUAUGGGGCAAAGAUCAAUUAUUUCAAUGGAAAGUACUACUUUUAUGGUACUUCUUGGGCCAACCCAUCAAAUUUCGGCUUCAAGUUCUACUCCUCCGUUGAUCUUGUGAAUUGGCAAUAUGAGAAUUUUAUCAAUGCCACUGGGAGUGGAAGACCUCACGUCAUUUACAAUCAAGCGACAAAGAAGUACACACUAUGGGCUGAUGCCAACACCGGCCAACUUGUUCAAACGUCAGAUUCUCCAGCCUCAGGCUACAGCUCUGGAAAAUACGCGGAUCUAGAUCCCCAGUAUUCGAGCUUGCAUCCCGCUGAUGCUGGAGUUGAAUCAUUUGGCGAUAAAGGGUAUCUCGUUUGGUCGGCCCUAAAUUUUGCGGACCCGCGACAAGGGAGCAUUUGGCCUCUGAUCUACCAAACAAUGCACAUUAGCCCUCUGACAAGUGACUUUACAAAUACAGACACGACGAGCUACAACGUCACAUCUGCGGCUUUCGACCUGGUCGAUCAGCAAACCGAGUCUCCGGAUCUCUUUAUGCGCAAUGACACUUUCUACGUGUCGGCAAGCAAUUCAUGUGCAUUUUGCAGCGGUUCAAUUGGGGUCCUCUAUCGCUCAAAGUCCAUUCAAGGACCCUGGCAACGGCAAAUAUUGUCGGGCUAUUCCUGUGGCGGUCAGGUCGAAGGUAUUCUGCCUCUUACUGACCCAACAACUGGAAAAGUCACGCACGUCUGGCACUCCACUACUAACCCUGGUGGCCCUCGCGUUGGUCUCAAUGGCCAUAUCUUCCAGCCUUUACAGUUCAAUGCCGACGGCAGUGCAAAAGAGCUAGACUGCUCUGACGGCGCCCGUUUCAGAGUCUCGUUUACCCCAGGGACAGGUGACACAGCAAGCGGUAGCUACACAAAAGCUGUGGAUAAGGCGCCACAAUUUGCCAACUACCGUUCUGUCUGUGACUCAGACGUCUACUACACACUCCAUCAGACCUGGCGUACAUCAAAGUCGGGCAUUCUCCAGUCUGUAUCUGUCAAUGUUGCGGCUGGGGGUAACAAGAACGCGCUCGAUAUCAAGGUCUUCCGCUUCACCAACAUCCAACAGCUUCUGUCCGCAGGCUACAAGUACGAGCUUCUGGGCAGCGCCACGUUCGUUCCCAGUGCCAAUCUGACGGAGGUAUUCGACACAGCUACCGUGUCUGUCAACAGGGCGGUCAAGAAAGGUGACAUGCUGGGCUUCAGCUUCGGAGAGAAAAACGUGCUCGGGUUUGGCCUUGGUAAUUAUAUUCCGUACUGCCAUCUAGAGUAUGAUCUCAACGCGGUGGAGCAGCAAUGCGAUCUGCAGCAACCGGUGCUGAUUGAGCAGGGGAGUGGACAGAAUUCUCCAAGAGGGUUAAAUGGGAUGGAGAGUCCGAUUAAGGUGCGCAAUGGAAAGGGCAUGAAGUUUCACGCGAACAUUGUGUAGGAGGAUCAGGAUGUUGGCUUGGCGAGUUUCUUUAGGGUGUCAUUAUGUAGUCGUUCAUAUAUCUACGACAGGAAACUCCAUCGAUCCAAGCGCAAAUGGAAGAAGCAUCAUUGUCAAGUAAUCUGUUCAUUAUCUACGCAUGAUCAAGACAACUGAUGAACUCUACCCAAAAGGACCUAAGUCUGGAUCAUGCAGACAUACUCCAAACCAAAACCAGUGGAGCUAAAUAGCC